UAAGCUGACCAUCAGGGACCAAAUAACUGGAUUGUUUGAAAAAAAAAAAACAUCUCAGCUGAAUCACGCUGCUCCCCCCUCUUUCAUUCCUUCCCUCGUUUCAUUUCAGUGAGACGGAGUGUAGCUCAUGCAGUGCCCGGCAGCAAGCAGAAUGCAAGGAAUCCACAGUAUUACCUUGUCUAACAGUAGAAACCACGCUCGCUGCUAAAGGACAAGUGAGGAGAGACAGGGGCAGAACCAGGAAAGGAUUCCAGUUUCUGCAGCUGAGAGAAGGAACGCACGGUCUUGUCCUGUUCUGCUCUGCACUUGUUGCCUGAGGUGUGUGUGCUCCUCCCUCCCUUCCGCAGUGCCUGCUGUCAGCUCCAUCCCUGGGUGGCUGAGGCCAUGGUGCUGGGUCUGCGAGCCCUGCUGUCCUGCUUCUGCACCCUUAUCUCCUUGAACCUGCUGCCCAGGGUGGAACUUGCCGUGCCCUUGGAGGACUUCUACCCCUUUGGCCAGGAGAAAGGGGAUACCCUGACCAUUGCUCAGGACGAUGGAGGUUCCGGGCUCCAGAAGAUCUCUGUUGCCUUCCCCUUUUUUGGAGACAGGCACACAGGGCUUUACGUGAACAACAAUGGUCUUGUGUCUUUCCUGAGGGAAGUGUCUCAGUUCACACCCGUAGCUUUUCCAAUCGCCGGGGACAGAAGGGUUGUGGCACCAUUUUGGGCUGAUGUUGACAACCGUCGAGCCGGGACUGUGUUCUACAGAGAGAGCCUUGAUACUUCAAUCCUGACCAGGGCCUCCAGUGAUGUCAGGACAUAUUUUACAGAGUUUCCCAACUUCAACGCAACAUGGGUCCUCAUCUCUACAUGGCAUCAAGUUACUUUCUUUGGGGGAAACUCCCAAACGCCGGUCAACACUUUCCAAGUGGUGCUCAUUACAGAUGGAGAGCUUUCCUUCACCAUAUUCCAGUACAACAGCAUCACUUGGACAACAGGCAUGCAUGCCAGCAGUGGCGGAAACAUGACUGGGCUGGGAGGGAUUGCAGCGCAGGCAGGGUUCAAUGCUGGCGAUGGCAUGCGCUAUUUCAACAUCCCUGGCUCUCGCACCGCUGAUGUAGUAAAUGUGGAGGAGACGACCAACGUGGGCUACCCAGGCAGAUGGGUCUUUCGUAUAGAUGACGCUCAUGUGGAAGUGGGUGGCUGCAAUAACUCUGCAUCAGUAUGCCCUCAUCUGCGCCCUUGCCUGAAUGGAGGCCAGUGCAUUGAUGACUGCAUUACAGGCAACCCCUCUUUCACUUGCUCCUGCUUGGCUGGCUUCACCGGCCGACGAUGCCAGAUUGAUGUUGAUGAAUGUGCCUCAAAUCCAUGCCAGAACGAAGGGACUUGUAAAGAUCAGAUUAAUAGUUUCACCUGUGAGUGUCGUCCUGGAUACACUGGGAUUCACUGUGAAACAGACAUUGAUGAGUGUGAAGACAGGCCAUGCCUUAACAACGCGUCGUGUGUACAAGGCACCGGCAGUUUCACCUGUGUGUGUGUGCCGGGUUACACUGGUGUCUUGUGUGAGACAGACAUAAACGAAUGCGAGUCCCAGCCCUGUCUGAAUGGAGGAAAGUGCAUCGAUCUGGUGGCCAACUUCACCUGUGUGUGUCCUGCUUCCUUCACUGGCACGCUCUGUGAAAGAGCGGAAUGUCUUUGCCAAAAUGGAGGCGUCUGCGGAAUCAAUGGAAGCUGUGAAUGCCCUUCGGGCUACACAGGAAUCCACUGUCAGCUUGAAGUCACUCAGACACCGUGCAGUAACAACAGACCAUGUCCGGAUGGAAGUCCGUGUCUGGAGUAUGGUGGAACCUAUCUAUGUACAUGCCAGACUGGGAUAGACUUCGAUUACAAGGACUUUUACCCCUAUGUACAGCCCCCAUCGGCCUGCGACUCUUCUCCCUGUCUGAAUGGAGGAUACUGCUACGAGGGAGACGGAGGCUAUACCUGUGAAUGCAGAUAUGGAUACUGGGGGAAGCACUGUGAAAAAGUUAGACUCAAUACCUGUGCCUCCAGCCCCUGCCGCAAUGGAGGCUCCUGUAAGGAAGAGGGAGGGAGCUACAAAUGUGUCUGUCCUUACCGGUUCACUGGAAAGCACUGCGAAGUGGAACUGGGCUGUGGUUCGCCCCCGCAUGUCAAACACGCUGAGGUCCAGUUCUCCUCAACAACACCAGGCUCCGUGGCUGUGUAUAUAUGCCAUUCAGGCUUCACAUCCGUGCCUAGAGCCACGCAGAGCAUCUGUGGCAUUCGGGGAGGCUGGAGCCAGCCUCCGGUUUGCGAGGAGAUCAAUGAGUGCUUAUCACAGCCUUGUCUUAAUGGUGGCUCUUGUCGAAAUAAGAUCGGAUCCUAUCAGUGCGUGUGCAGUGACGGCUUCAGCGGAAACCGUUGUCAGAUAGAAACAAAUGAAUGCCUGUCAGAGCCUUGCCUAAAUGGAGGGACCUGUGAGAACCAAGCUGGCUCCUAUUUGUGUCACUGUCAGCAAGGAUUUAAAGGCCAGAACUGUGAAAUAGAGCAGGAUGGGUGUGAAUCCAGCCCCUGUCUGAACGGAGGUGUUUGCCGGGGUUACAGAAAGAAUUAUUUGUGCAUUUGUAAAGACGGUUUCUUUGGGGAGCAAUGUCAGAUGUUGGAAGACCCGUGUGUACUGAAGCCUUGUGGAAAUCGUGGGCACUGUUGGAGUGACAGAAGAGGAAACUAUAACUGUGUCUGCAAAGUGGGCCUCACCGGCAAAGACUGCGAGAAAGACCUGUUGCCCCCGCAUGGUCUCCAUGUGCUGCGUGUAGAAGAGAGUGAAGUGGAGUUGCGCUGGGAUGAGCCAGAGCCCUCGCAUGGCCUUAUCAGCAUGUUUGCCGUUACCUACGCUCCCGUGGGCCAAAGUAAUCCCAAAACAGACUACCUGGACAGGCAGCGAUCUGCACAUGUUAUGCGAGACCUGAUCCCCGGAACACUGUACAACAUUUCCACCGUCUCCAUCAAACUAAAAACCAACAGCAACGACACGAGUCAGCCUGCCACUGCACUCAUCCGUACCAGACCCCGACGAGUGGAGCAACUGCAUGUGGUUAAUGUGUCUGCCACUCAGGUUUGGCUGAGGUGGCUGGUUCAGGCUGCUCGUCAUGCUGCAGUUAGCAGGUUGCAUGUGUCUUUACUGCCUUCAAAUGGAAGCAGGGCUCAAACCGCAGUGCUCAACACAAGCACCACGGAAUAUACCUUCAGUUCAUUACAGCCCGGUCAAAUGUACACAGUGGAUGUUUUAACCCAAAGUGGAAUUAGACCAGAUGAUUUUCCCUCCACCAGCCACUCAGCUGGACCACUGCAAUUUUGGACACGUCCUCUUCCCCCACAGAACCUGUCACUGUCACAUGUGACCCCACACUCAGCACUGGUCACCUGGAGUCGCCACCCCAGAAACAUCCCAGAUGGCUUUGUGAUCAACGUGACCCGAGGGUUAAAUACUAGGAGUCGCUUCCUCCCCAAUGGGAAAUUAGGAUCAUAUACCCUCCGUGAACUGACUCCAGGCCAGCACUACAAUGUGGCUCUCACAUCUGUCAAAAACAUAGGGCAGGAACACAUCCAUAGCAAACCCCUGCGCAUAGCAUUCACCACAAUGCCAACACAGGCCAGACCAGGGAGGAGAGACAGACCAACAGUGACAGGACAGGGGGCUCAGCGAGGACGCAUUCUGCCUUCAUCUCAGCCUCAAGACAUGGGAGGCACAACAGAAAUGGAAAACUCAGACGAAUCGCUCUUAAGAUACACAGAACUGGUUGACCGAAGGGGACAGAUAACAGCCAAGUUCUCUCACUUGUCUCGGAAAGCUAUUCGACAUCGUACUAAACCUGAUCCCCCAAUCAGAUUAGAGAAGAUGGAAGAAACAACAAACAAAAUAAGUCUUGCACUGGAGAUUCAAGAAGAAGGUCAGCGAAUAAAGCCGGCUAGAGGCUAUCAACACCUAGUAUCAGCUGUGGAAGGGAUUGGAAGAAGCUAUCCCAGGACUGCCGCGGACUGCUCUGCCAGAAUGGAGGUACAUGUACGAACGAAGGAGACUCCUUCAUCUGCAGUUGCGCAGCAGGAUUCAAAGGCAGACGGUGUGAACUGUCAUGCCAGCGGGUGUCACAUCCAUGCACACGAAUCUACUCGGAAACCAAGAGUGUCCCUGUGUGGGAGGGUGGAGUGUGCCACUACCUGUUCAAAAGGACAUAUAAAAUACAGCAGGAUGUGUGUUAUCAAGAGAUUUGCGAACCAACACUUUCCAAGAAAAGUCAGGUCAGAAGAACAAACAAACAACAGUAAAGAGCAUCUGGAUGCUGAUGAAAAGGCUGUCCUCAGAGUCAUGUGAAAAACCUCCUAACUUCAAUUUUGGUGUAUAUAAUCUACUUGGAGUAUCCGAUUAUGCUCAUUUUCGUACUGAAAAGACCCUGACAGAACCCACUGUAGCAUUUCAGAAACAAAUCGUCAUCUGUGAAGACAAGGCUGCAUCUGUAUGCUUUGUCCUCAGAGUUGUAUUCAUAGCUCUGUGCUUCACAAAAGGAGUCACAUGAAAAAUGACCUGCAUCUUUUUUCUAAUGUUUGCUGCCUGACUUUUUCCAUCCAAACAUACACAAAUAUUAACAGCAGGCAGCAUAAAUGACCUUAAAUACCUCAUUUACAUGUCCAUGCAGACACAUAAAGAGGGUUUUAUUUGUGGUUUGACAGCAGGUUUGUCCCUCAGGGAAAUAGCUGUAAAAUGUUCAGAAUGCUAAUCUUUGUGUUAUAUAAGAAAAAUAUAUAUGAUAUGAUCUCCUUAAGAGGUCAAUGGCAAGUACAUUUUCCACCACAACCUGGAGAUUGAUCUCCACAUCUGACAACGAUGCAGUGUUUUAUCUGUAAAAUAUUUUACUCUGUGUUUUAGCAAGCAUCACUGCUCGCUAUUGUGUAUAUAGUGUUCAUAGGUCAUUUUGUAGGUGAAUAUUUUAAUAAUAA